AUGGAGCCUCACAGAACAUUCCAAUCCCCAUGGGUCAUGAACCAUCAACUUGUUGAGUUAUGUGAGCUUCUGGAGUCAAUGGAAGCCGAGGAAUGGCUUUCACACAGAACAUUAUGCGCCAUUCGAAUGUUUGCUGCUAUGGAUGAGUCCAAGGACGCGUAUCUCAAGUCUUACCUAGCCAGCAGUCCAAAGUUUCAAAACGAAAUUAGUUACAGCUUCCGGAUCCCAUACUUCAAUGCUCACAACGGCGGCCGCAGGACACCACCCCCCACCUUUCUCAACACCGGUAAUCCUGAAGACUCACAAGACAUGAUAACUGACAUCAUCCGUGACGAUUGUGCCUGUUGCUUCAAAUUUCUGGAGGCCAUCGUCCCUGGGCUCACGCCUCUGAGCUAUAAUGUACAUGGAUGGAACUUCCUCUCAAUGGCUACAGUUCACGGAUCUUUGAAUGUGUUCAAACACUUUGUACAGCGGGACAGAACCAUCGCGUUGCAUAUGAUUUCCAAGUCCUUCGCUGGACAGACAGAUUGUUGGCCCAUGCCCCUGUCUUUCCUCCAUCCAGACACAAAUAUCUCUUUCCCGUUCCUCUCCCUGUGGGUAGAGCAACUAACGGACCUCAGAAUGGUAGGCAAGAAAUGCAUUACGGCAGCCAUCCAUCCAAUCGACAAAAUCCACUUCUGCCAGUUCUUCCACCUCGGCAUGGCAACAUUGAUGGAGUCAAUCGGCGCCAGCAUCGAGAAUGCCCAGAUCUCCGAAUCCGAUAAGUCCCUCAGCCCGUUCUCAGUGGGCACAACUUCCUGGCACGGCGCAACAGCAAAUUCGGCCGACUUCAUGAAUAGGAUGGCUGAGCGCUCUGCUCUCAGCUUUACCUGGUCUAACCAAGCAGGAGACUGUCCUAUUCAUUGGGCAGUCCGGUACCAGAAUCUCGAGACUGCGCUCUGGCUAUACGAUCACGGCGCUAUUCCACGGUUCAGCAUACCCAUGGAGGAAACAGAGACCAUUUGGCAUCAGGCUUUGCAUGAAACUGGAGAGAAGAGCCCCAUGAUCUUCGAAAUGCUUAUGCCGAGUUGUAAUAACCAAAUGGAUCAGGUUGAUCGGUAUGCGGUCGCCUCGUUAUUUCACCAGAUCAUGCUGACUACUAUGGAUUGCGUUAUGUGUGCUGCUGUGACAACCAUCGACAACUUGGAGUUUGAGAUGCUGAGAGAGCAGCUCAAGGCUGAGGGGAUCCAGAAAUGUAAACUCAUUUGGGAGGAUUUCGUGGAUGUAGAUCUUUCCCCCGAAAGAGCGGACGCUGCCGCGAAACUCCACAACAAAGCGGUAUCGGUUAUGCGAUAUCUAGAGUUGGGGUCCCUCGCUGAUGCUAUGAUGUGUGCUCCUGUUGAAGAAGAGCAGGAUCUUGAUGAGGACUUCGCGGAUGGAUGA